AUGGAGUGCUCUUUGCCCGAUGGCUUUUUGUGUACGGAAGAUGGGGACGCAGCUAGCGACGUCGCAACGUGGGGUCGUGUUCUUUUCACAUCAGAGACAUGUUCGAAUUCAGCAAUUCGAAAGAAAGGAAAGCACUGCCAGGCCAGGCCAGUCAAUCUCUUGCCUCUGCUGGGCUGUCCCUCCCUCGUCCCUGCACCUCCCGCGUGCCAGUCCCUCCUCUCCGUCACCCACACAGCUUCCGCUGCAAUUUCUCCUCCUUUUCUCGUGUACUCGCCAGGUCCAUUCCGAGCGCAGUCUGCCGGCGAAAGUGUGACAUUGUUUGGUUGUCAAUCACUCACCUGUCUGCGACAACUCUGCCCAGUCAGUCCGCGUCCGCCAUUCACCCAUUCUUCCCCGACAGUUGACGGUCUUUUCCUGCUAUUUAGUUCCGCUGCGUCCUCCCCCGAGCUCAGACCCGCAGUUCUGCCAGCUCGAGGCCUUGCGUGA